GGAGAAACUCACCUGCUGCGUCAUGCGCUUAUAAAUAUACGUUACUGACACGAUAGAUGGUCACAGUUGUGUUAGCGCCUCAAACAUGAAGAAAACCUUCACCUCAGAGCAAAUAUCGGACUGGUUCACCUCGGGGACCACGUUCGCCAACAUUAAACUCACAGAAGAAGCUGCUGACAGAAACUCCGACGGUCCGGGGUCGUCGAAAGAGUCCAGCCCAGAAAAAGUUCUUGAUGAGAGCAGCUUGAAAAAUGUGAACUCAGAUGGAGGAAAGCUCCAAAAACAUGAACCUGCAAGAUGUGCUGCUCCUCCUCCUCCUCUCACUAGCUACGAGUAUCCAAACCUGCCCAUAACCAAAAACAGACGGGAGCUGAUUUCCCUCAUAGAAAACAACUCUGUAGUGAUUAUUCGCGGAGCCACAGGCAGUGGCAAGACUACCCAGCUGCCACAGUACAUUCUGGACCAUUACACUGAGAAAAAUGCCUCGUGCAACCUUGUGGUCACCCAGCCACGCAAAAUCGGAGCCACCAGUAUUGCUCGAUGGGUUGCCACACAGCGGAAGUGUACCCUGGGAAGUCUGGUUGGAUAUCAGGUUGGGCUGGAGAAGAUGGCUACUGAGCAUACCCGACUAAUCUACAUGACCACGGGAGUGCUCCUGCAAAAACUGGUUUCAGCCAAGUGCCUCACAGAGUACUCCCACAUUUUUGUAGAUGAGGUUCAUGAGCGUACAGAGGAGAUGGAUUUUCUCCUGCUGGUUUUGAGGAAACUCCUUCAUUGCAACUCUCGUUAUGUCAAGAUAAUCCUCAUGUCGGCCACAAUUAACUGCAGACAGUUUGCCGAGUACUUUGGCAGCCCAGUUCGUGGCAAAAUGAACCCUGCCUAUGUGUUUGAAGUGGAGGGGGCACCCUAUGCUAUUGAGGAGUUUUACCUGGAUGACAUCAACAACAUGUUACCACACAGGAUUGAGUCACCUCAUCCAGAUGACCCGAACAUCUCAACAGAGAUGUACAAUGUUGCCAUCAGCCUUAUUCACAGCUUUGACGAGAUGGAGGGAAAAGAUUUAAGUAGCAACACAGAGAAAGUGGGUGACAUGACUGUGUCGGAGAGAGGCAGCGUUUUGGUUUUCCUUCCCGGUUUACACGAGAUAAGCUACAUGCAGGAAGCUUUGACCAGGCUGGUUCACAAAAGAUUACAGGUGUAUCCUCUCCACUCCACUGUGACUCUGGAGGAACAGAAUGGUGUGUUCCUGUCACCUGUCCCUGGAUACAGGAAGGUGAUCCUUUCCACCAACAUUGCAGAGAGUUCUGUGACAGUUCCAGAUAUCAAAUAUGUGAUUGACUUCUGUCUGGCUCGUCACUUGGUCUGUGAUGAAGAGACCAAUUAUCAGUCUCUGCGUCUCACCUGGGCAUCCAAAACCAACUGCAAUCAGCGCAGAGGCAGGGUAGGCCGAGUGUCUAAAGGUUACUGUUACCGUCUCGUUACCAGAGAGUUCUGGAGGAAAGAGAUCCCAGACUACAUGAUUCCUGAGAUGCUGCUGGCUCCCUUAGCCAAAAUCUUGUUGAAGGUGAAGCUGUUGGACAUGGGAGAUCCCCGCUCCCUGCUCUCAUCAGCACUCUCACCCCCCAACCUUGGUGACAUAGUUAAGACAGUGCUCCAACUCAAAGAGAUGGGUGUGUUGUCAAUGGAAAAGAGAGGUUGUGAUCAAAAUGAAGAUGGCGAGCUGACAUUCCUGGGUCGAGUGCUGGCCCACUUACCUGUGGACCUGUACCUGGGGAAGAUGAUUGUCCUGGGUCAUGUCUUUGGCUGUCUGGAUGAAUGUCUCAUCAUAGCUGCCUCACACUCUCUGAAGAGUUUCUUUGCCAUACCGUCCAUGCAGCAGAUUGCCGGCCACAGGAGCAAGCUGGCCUUUGCCGGUGGGACACCAAGUGAUGCCAUAGCUUUCGUCAACGCCUUCAAGGCAUGGCACUCGUCAAAGAAGAAAGGACUGCUGAGACACCCAAAGGAUGAGCUGGACUGGGGAAGACAGAACUUCAUUCAGAUCAAGAGGAUCAAGGAGGUUGCAGAGCUUUACGAGGACCUGAAGAAGCGUGUGUCCCAGUUCAACAUGCACAUCCCGAAGAACACUGAAUCCUUAGACUACACCACCACACACAGGCAGAAGUUCAUCCUCCAGGUCGUCAUUGCUGGCGCAUAUUAUCCCAACUACUUUGUCCAGGCAGAAAUAGAUGAAGACCUGGCUUCCAGAGAGCUGAGUGGAUACAACCCCAGAACAACAGUGAUGGUGAGGAACCUCCCUCCGUACAGUUUCCUGUAUUACAAGCAGCUGCAGUCCCUUUUCCGCCUGUGUGGACUGGUCAAAACCAUUAACUUUGACAGCUCCAGAGCAUACGUGGAGUUCUACAGGACAUCCAAGAGCUCCGGGGUGCUGCCUGAAGUGUCUCUUGCUCUCCUCCUGGACCAUCUGAACCCUCCAAUGGAGCUCUCUGUCUACCCCAUAGAACAAAUAGAAAACUGUGCUGGGAACAGACACAUCACUCACAUGAGAUAUGCACGGGUGAAUGUAGACUUCCAGAGUCAGUCUGUGUCUCCGGUCGGAGUAGUGAGCAGCUCCAUUGACCCAGACAAACUUCCCCCCAAUCGCUUGUUUGUGGUGAACAUCACAGAGGUGAUGGAGGUGGGUAAUUUCUGGGGGUUCCAAGCAGACGAAGCCAGCUUAAAAAAGCAGCGCCACCUGACAGCGGAGAUUAACAUGCGUGCGCUGCAUCCUGUGUCUGUGUCGCUCUACCCCAACCUGCUGUGUCUGGCUCCUUACUGUGAGGUCAACGAGGAGAGCUUGUACUACCGUGCCAAGAUCCUGCACAUCUGUGGUAACAACGUGGAGGUUUUCUUUUUGGACUUUGGCAACACAGCAAUCGUUGCCUGCAACAGCCUCAGAGAGCUCCCACCUGACCUGCAGUCUCACCCUUUCCAGGCUCAGGAGUUCCAAGUCACUGGAAUGCGUCCUUCAGCCCAGUCCAUCAUUCUGGGGAACCAGUGGAGCAGCCGUGCCCGCAACCGCUUCAUCACUCUGGUGAAAGGUCAAUCACUCAUCGUGUCUCUGUACUCCGUCCUCCACGGUAUCAUGCGCGUGGAGCUGCUCAUCAACACAGAGACGACCAACACCAGCGUGGUGGACAUACUGGUGGAGGAGGGACACGCUGUGAAGGCCGAAGAGAGCUUUGAUUCUAAGCAAAACCACGAGUUACUGAUGUCUCUGUACAAGGACCUGGAGAAAGGUACGUACACCCCCAACUCUGCUGGCAGCUCCUGGAACGACCGCAAGAAAGAGGAGAAGGAGCUCAUAGGCAGCCUGCUUGCACACUUUUCCAAGAACUGUCAAGCCUAUUCCAGGACGAAGGUUUUUCUGCAUGGACCAAGAAGCCCUUACAGGAUAAACGUCCACAGCUUGAGCCACAAGAAUCACUACAAGACUGUGUCUGUUGCGAAGUCCAGCAUCAGCUCUUUGGUCCUGAAUGAAAACCCUCACUACAAACAUCAGAGGAUGCUGGUGGCCGGGACUGUGUCAGUCAACUCUACAGGUACUUGUAUCCUUCUGAGGGAUACGUCCCUGAUGCCAGACAUCCCUGGUCUGCCUGCACUCAUCGUGAUGCUCUUCACCCCAAUCAUGGAGCUGCGGACGAAUGAAGAGAGGACCAGCUACACUGGUGCCAUCUGUGGCUUAGGCUGCAACAGUGAAACACAACUACCCCUCCUACCUGAGCAUGACAUCGAACUGGCCUUCGAUGUCAAGUUUGACGUUGAGGACAUCACUGAGAUCAAUGCUUUGCGAGUGGCUAUGAACCGCCUGGUGUGUUCUGGGCCCAGUGGCACCCUGCAUCUGGGGCUGGACAGGAUCAGCCACCUGCAGGAGGACUGUCAGGACCUCCUCAUCAGACUGUUCACAAAGUCUCCACCAAGGGAAGCUGUCACUCCAGUUUUUUCUGAGAAAUUGGAAAAGUGGAACCAGGUGGAUCCUUCGCUGAGGAUGGAUAUUGUGGAGCCUGGAGGUGGAAACCCCGGAGGUGUUGUCUUCCAGCUUCAUCCUGUCAUUCUCCUCAACAGUUAAAGGGCAGUUGCAGGGUUGAAAUGAGUCUCACAUUGUUCUCACGUUGUUCUUUUAAUUUAAGUUCACGUUCAAAAGUGCUCGGCACAGAAGCUUUCAGUUUGACAGCAACCUCUCAGGAGUAGCCUAAUGACUGCUAAUGUUCAUUGAUAAGGUUCGUUCUGUCUACUUUGUGUUUCAACAGUGGGCCAUAAAGAAUAUAUGUCUGCAA